ACCGAGGCAGCAGCUUUGCACUCAGAUAGCGAUGCAUUCACAGCUACUAAAUGACAUUGGGUUCAUUUCAGUUGCCGACCUUAGAUAAUUUGUAUCCGUUUUUGUAAGGCCAGGCGUCACGGAGUUUGUGUCCUCUUCGGAGAAGAAAAAAACCCCAACACUGUUAAGGAGAAGGCUGUUUUCCCAGGGAAACGUGGCUAACCUGAGCUAGGUGAGCCUAGCGUCUGCUGCAGGAUGAGGACGUGUGAGUUACUGCUCUAAAGCUGUCCCAUCAGCUGUAACGCGUCUCCACAGCUGGUAUAUAUGUUUGAGUCACAUCACUGAAACUACAGUUUAACUAAGAAGACCAGGCUGACAACGACACCAUGUUGGAAGAGGACAUGGAAGUGGCCAUCAAAGUGGUCGUGGUUGGAAACGGCGCUGUUGGCAAGUCCAGUAUGAUCCAGCGUUAUUGCAAAGGCAUUUUCACUAAGGACUACAAAAAGACCAUUGGAGUGGACUUUCUGGAAAGACAGAUUGUUGUAAAUGGUGAAGAUGUCCGACUUAUGCUCUGGGACACAGCAGGGCAGGAGGAGUUUGACGCCAUUACUAAGGCCUACUACCGAGGUGCCCAAGCGUGUGUGUUGGUCUUCUCCACCACGGACAGGGAGUCAUUCCAGGCUAUUGACAGCUGGAGAGAGAAGGUGGAGGCAGAAGUUGGAGAUAUUCCCACAGUUCUGGUGCAAAACAAAAUUGACCUCCUGGAGGAGACUGUAAUAAAAAACGAGGAGGCAGAAGCUUUGGCUAAAAGACUUAAACUCAGAUUUUAUCGUGCUUCAGUGAAAGAAGACCUUAAUGUCAACGAGGUGUUUAAAUACUUAGCUGACAAGUACAUUCAAAGACUCAAACAGCAAACAGCAGAGGAGACGGAGGUGGUCCACACAACCAGCAAUAAAAUAGGUGUCUUUAAUACCACGAGUAGUAAUGUCUGCAGCCAGAACUCCAGCAACGGCAGAGAAGUCAUCACACUGCGCCCUAACAAACAGAGGACCAAGAAGAGUAAAAAUCCAUUUGGAGGCUGCAUCCUGCUCUAGAGGAAGCGCUUUCAAGUGACCGAUCUUUAAGUUUAGAACGAGACCGAAUAUUUUACUAUUCCGCAGUUGGAGACCAAAGUCCAUGCAGACUGGGAAGUACUUUAUAACACUACUUUAAUCACCUCUCGUUAAUCUGUAUUCUAAAUAGUUCCUUCUCAGUGAUGUUUAUAUAUUUAAGUGAUCUGCAUUCACACCCGACACUCUUCUCUCACGGGUCCUCCUUGUCAUUGCCUUUAUUAAACGGUAACAGCUUCAGCUCUACUGCGUCAGCAUUAAUCUGUGCUGCUGGAUUUUCCUCUCACAACUGACGUUUUUCAGAUCCGCCUUGUUUAGGAACUCAUCCAAUGUGUUACAGCAAAAGUUGUACUCCGACUAAGAAAAAACGCACCCAUACAUGAUUUUACAGUCGUUCAUUGCUGUCUGUGCAAAAUGUUUGCAUGUAUUGUAAAAAGUCAAAAGAUAUACAGAUUAUUUUGUACCAUAUUUUUCUAGCGGACAACAGAAUAUGGUUCAAACUAAGAUGUUUAUCCCUAACAGGUCAGGAGCUAAAUCUCCUUGUAAGUAUUUUUGUACUAAGCACAACAGUGUUGACUGCUAUUUUGUGCCAAAUGUUCUCUUACUGAGCUGUGGUUGAAUAUUAACACUGCAGUUGCUUGGACAUAACAUGACAUUUGUAAAAUGUGCUCCUCUGUGUUACCAAAUAUCAGUAACCACUCAUAGAAAGAUGGUGAUCUAUUCUUUUGCUUAUGCUCCGUUAGUUAGGAAGAGAUUAUUUCAGAUGUUUAAUAAUACUCUGCUCUUUAAGUCCUGAUAGCAUAAGUUACAAUCAGUUAAUACUAUGUUUUAUUGCAACUUUUUACAGUUUAAAUAUUUUCCUUCAGUUAACUAUAUUUUUUUCUUUUCUUUUUCAAAUAUUUUACUCUGGGUUGGCUGUGAAAACUCACCGAUCAGUUUCAGAGUAAAAAUAGUUGCUAUGACCUGAGAUUUUAUUUCUUCUUGACACUAAACAUGGAACACUAUUCUUUGUCUUUUUUUCAAUCUGCCUUUGUCGUGUCUUGUGAAGUUUUUUUAUUAUUAUUUUUUUUAUCUUGGCCAGGGGAGAUGCCUUUUUAAAUUAGAAGAAACAGUUGGGCUGGAAAUCUGAAAGGACUGAAAGUCUUUGAUCAAUAACGCCUGCGUACUGUAUGUGGUAUGAGGUCUGAGGCUGAAUGUGACUCGUUACUUUCUGAAAGUGUCAGAAAAGCUGGAUAUUAACGACUGGAUACUGAGCCGGCGAAGUGCUUACACGAGCUCUCAUAUGCAAGACAAAUGUGAUUCUUCUAACUACCGUACAUUAGGGCAGUCCUAAAAAAGAUCAAACUAAGGCUCAGUCUCUUACUGGUCGGGAGCUGCAUGUCAUUUGCCUUGUCUGCCUCAAGCCUUACUUUUUAGUUUUUGUCCAAAACUCAUUAUUCAGAAGAACCUGGCCGACCAAGCACAAAGAAAUAUGAAGUAGUGUGGAAAGGUAUUGAAUAAAACUUGUUUUAAAAUUAUAAACAUAUAGUACAAGUGGAAGCACAGGUGUUGAAAUGGGACCUUCUUCACCCCCAUCUGUUCACUUUACUUCAUCAAUUUAAGAAAGUUCUUUGAAUGUGUUACACAUUAGAAUAGUUCUGAGACUGAACCGUCCCAUUUUCUUUUCCAGUUUAGUUUAAUGACAGCUGUUGGUACUGGGGAGGGGAAAAUAGCAUAACUGCAAUGCAUGCACCUCAUACAUGCAAGCCUGUUUUCCACAUCAGUGAAUGUUUAGUCACAGUUGCAAUGCCUUGUUUAUGUUUACAUUGACAACUAGUUAACAUUACAGUCCCCACUCUCACUGGUUCUUCAGAAAAGCUUGCACAGCAAAUCUGUAAAUAACUAUUUCUCAAUCUUUCUCGUAUUUGUAAUAUUGUAUACUUAAUCAUGUUUGUAUUUUGACUGAAUGGAUUUAUUGCACUUUAUCGUUCAGAUGGGAUUUCAUUUGAAAAAAUCUUAAUAAAAUUAACCAUACUUAAGGGUUGUCACUCAUGUGUAAUCACCCAUGUGUUUUAAUUUUCUUUUUCCUUUCUUUUUAUCUUUUUUACACAUAGCUCCGUAAACUGAUUUUACAUAUCUACACCGAUAAAUCAAUAAGUAUGUUUUCCCUCUGAUAGUGGUGAAUCUUGUUACAUUUUGUUUUUAUAAUUACAAAUGUGUCUCAACCCGAGGUGUACUGCACAAACGUGCACCUGAUGAUAUUUUUGAGAGGCAGUGUUCGAUGGCAAUCUGACGAAUAAAAAAACUAUUUCUUGAG